AUGAACCAUUCAUGGAGCAAGCAUUUCACGGUCAUACACUCAUCAACUCCACAUACAAGAGUACCACCCAUUAAUAGCCUCUGUUCCCCGGCGAUGAUGACCAAGUACAUGAGGAACAAUGUGCAAGGACUUGUGCUACUUUCUUUUCUUCUUGUGGUGUGUUUGACUUGUCUUGGAGGCACAUAUGGUGAAAUCAUAAAUGACAAGCGGAGCAACAUGAUGAGGAAAGUAAGCCAUGUAACGAGACCCCCUUGUUAUAAAGAUGGGCACCAACUCCCCGGACGAGAAUUCUGCUGUAAAAUAGAUAACUUGUGCUGGGCAAAUCUCGGAGAAUGCUUCAUCAACUGUCCAUGCAAGAUUAAUUGCACACCAGCAGCAGCAGCAACACAAUAG